GGUACAUUCCGCACGGACUGCAAGACAUGGGAGGUGCCAGAGCCCCGGGAGGCGCGGCUCCCUGAGGUGGGGCAGUUGAGGGCAGAAGGGACGGAAGACAGGAAAAUAGAGCAGCGUGAACAGAGCAGGGCUGGGUGGGGGUGCUCCGAGUGUGGCAAACGCCACAUCACCCCACUCAACCCUCACCGCACGUGAAGUGGGCCUCGGACCCCCGGCCACACGGACGGGCCGGGCAGACGCAGGACCCAGAGCCACGGCAGUCCCUGGUCCAGCAAGACCCAUGCCUGGAGGUCGGAGCCAUGACGGCCAGGUGGGUGGUGGGUGGGAAGGACUGCUGGCCCCAACCCUGGGCGGGGCAUGGAGGAGGGCAUGGCUGGGCUACCCAGGCAGGUAGGGCCGGCCUGGCAGGGCAGCUGGGGCGGGCAGCAGGGAGGCAUUUGCUGGGUCUGGGGCAAGGCCAGCACUUUCCCAGCAGCAGGCCUAUCGGAUUGACCCCGGCCGCCGGGAGGAGGCACGGCAGAGGCCUGGAGGUCUGGCGGUGGUUCCAGACAGCCCGCCACCCCCACAGGCCCGGAGGCCUGCGUCAGACCUGCCUCAGGCCCGGCCGGAUGGCCGAGGGCGUUACCAGGGAGAUGACUGACGCCCCGGGGCUCCCGGGCACCCCCCUGGCGUGGACGCCGCCGGCCAGGCCUGCUGGACAGCAGAUGGAGCAUGCGGGGAACGGCUCCCAGGGCCCCGGGCCUCUCUUCCUCACCUCACCGCUGGCCCGCGGCGUCUCGGGCAUCUUCGUGUGGGCGGCCCUGGUGCUCACCGGCCACCAGAUCUACCUGCACCUGCGCUCCUACACGGUGCCCCACGAGCAGCGCUACAUCAUCCGCCUGCUGUUCAUCGUCCCCGUCUAUGCCUUCGACUCCUGGCUCAGCCUCCUCCUCCUGGGGGCCCACCAGCACUACGUCUACUUCGACUCCGUGAGGGAUUGCUACGAAGCCUUUGUCAUUUACAGCUUUCUGAGCCUCUGUUUCCAGUACCUGGGGGGUGAGAGCGCCAUCAUGGCUGAGAUCCGGGGAAAGCCCGUCAGGACCAGCUGCUUCCACGGCACCUGCUGCCUUCGGGGCAUGACCUACUCCAUCGGCUUUCUGCGCUUCUGCAAGCAGGCCACGCUGCAGUUCUGCAUUGUGAAGCCCAUCAUGGCCUUGGUCACCAUCUUCCUGCAGGCGUUCGGCAAAUACCACGACGGGGACUUCAACGUCCGCAGCGGCUACCUGUACGUCACCCUCGUCUACAACGCCUCGGUCAGCCUGGCGCUCUACGCCCUGUUCCUCUUCUACUCCGCCACCAGGGAGCUGCUGCAGCCCUUUGAGCCCGUCCUCAAGUUCCUCACCAUCAAGGCCGUCAUCUUCCUCUCUUUCUGGCAGGGGCUGCUGCUGGCCAUCCUGGAGAGGUGUGGGGUCAUCCCCGAGGUCCAGGUCAUCGAUGGGAGCACAGUGGGGGCCGGCACGGUGGCCGCCGGCUACCAGAACUUCAUCAUCUGCAUCGAGAUGCUCUUUGCUUCCAUCGCCCUGCGCUAUGCCUUCACCUGCCAGGUGUACUCGGAGAAGACAGAGAGCUCGCCAGCCCCCUCAGCACCCAUGCAGAGCAUCUCCAGUGGCCUCAAGGAGACCAUGAGCCCGCAGGACAUCGUGCAGGACGCCAUCCAUAACUUCUCCCCCGCCUACCAGAAGUACACGCAGCAGGCCACACAGGAGGCCCCCCGGCCUGGCCAGGGCAGCGCGCCCUCACCCCGCACGCCCCCCCACAGCCCGGAUGGUGGCCCUGGCGGGGGCAGGAAGGGCCGCAAUGUGGAGAAGAGGAUGCUAAUACCCGCGGAGGAGCUGUAGGGGGCCCACGGUUAGCAGCCGCCUGGAAAGGACAGGGAGCCCUGCCUGCUGACCAUCUUGCCAAAGGUCAGGCCUCUCCUGGGAGCCUCCUGCCCACCCACCUGCGGCCGGUGGAGUGGGUCACCUGGUAGCCCUGCUAGGCGCCCAGGGGCUGCUC